CCGCCCGCCGCAGGCGGAAAAGUUUCUCUGCAGGCGAUCGAGCUCUCGGACGCCGCUCGGGCUGCCCGCGCCGCGGCUGGCCGUCCUUCGCUGCUGGCUCUCCCGCUGCGCGCGGGCAUGCGAGGCCUUCGGUGCCGACCCUGAGCGGGCGAGAGGAGCACGCGGCCGCGAUCGGCGUGUCCAGCCGGGUCCCGGGCGUUCGGUGCUCGUCGGGGGAGGGGAGGAGGGAGAGAGUUGGCACGAGGCUGCGGAGCUCCGGGCCGACCGGCGGCGGCGGGGGAGCGCGGCGAUGGGUGCUCCCAGGCUCCGAGCGGCCGCGGCGGCGGCGGCGGCGGCGGCGCUGGGGCUGCUGCUGUGCGCGGGGCUGGGGCGCACCGGCCCGGCGGAGCGCGGAGGCCACGGGGCGCCGGGGCAGCCCUCGGAGGAUGCUGCACGGCGCCCGUGCCCAGCCGCCUGCCACUGCCUCGGGGACCUGCUAGACUGCAGCCGCCGGCGGCUCGUUCGCCUUCCUGAUCCUCUCCCGGCCUGGGUCGCCCGGCUGGACCUCAGUCACAACAGGUUAUCUUCUAUCCAGACAAGUUCCCUGAGCCACCUCCAAAACCUUCGAGAAGUGAAGCUGAAUAACAAUGAACUGGAGGCCAUUCCAAACCUGGGACCAGUGUCAGCAAAUAUUAGACAGCUCUCCUUGGCCGGGAACAGCAUUGAUGAAAUCGUCCCCGAGCAGCUGGAAGCCUUUCAGUCCCUCGAGGCCUUGGACCUGAGCAACAACAAUAUUUCAGAACUCAGAACUGCAUUUCCGCCCUUACAACUCAAGUAUCUGUAUAUCAAUAGCAACCGAGUUAUGUCCAUGGAACCGGGAUAUUUUGACAACUUGGCCAGCACCCUCCUGGUGCUGAAGCUGAACAGGAAUCGAAUCUCAGCCGUGCCCCCCAAGAUGUUUAAACUGCCCCAGCUGCAACACCUUGAACUGAACCGAAACAAGAUUAAGAACGUGGAUGGACUCACAUUCCAAGGGCUUGGGGCACUGAAGUCUCUCAAAAUGCAAAGAAAUGGAGUAACAAAGCUUAUGGAUGGAGCUUUCUGGGGUCUGAGCAACAUGGAAAUCCUGCAGCUAGACCAUAACAACCUCACUGAGAUCACCAAAGGCUGGCUCUACGGCUUGCUGAUGCUGCGGGAGCUUCAUCUGAGCCAGAAUGCCAUCAACAGGAUCAGCGAGGAUGCCUGGGAGUUCUGCCAGAAACUCAGCGAACUGGACCUAACUUUCAACCACUUAUCGAGGCUCGACGAUUCCAGUUUCCUUGGCCUAAGUCUGCUAAAUACCCUCCACAUUGGGCACAACCAAGUCAGCUACAUUGCGGAUUGUGCCUUCCGGGGGCUUUCCAGUUUAAAGACUUUGGAUCUGAAAAACAAUGAAAUUUCAUGGACUAUUGAAGACAUGAAUGGAGCCUUCUCUGGGCUGGACAAAUUGAGGCGACUAAUACUCCAGGGAAACCGCAUUCGAUCUAUUACCAAAAAGGCCUUCACUGGUUUGGACGCCCUGGAACACCUGGACCUGAGUGACAACGCCAUCAUGUCUCUGCAGAGCAAUGCGUUUUCCCAAAUGAAGAAACUUCAGCAACUGCAUUUGAACACAUCCAGCCUCUUGUGUGAUUGCCAGCUAAAAUGGCUCCCACAGUGGGUGGUGGAGAACAGCUUUCAGAACUUCAUCAAUGCCAGUUGUGCCCACCCUCAGCUGCUCAAGGGGAGAAGUAUUUUUACUGUCAGCCCAGAUGGCUUUGUGUGCGACGAUUUCCCCAAACCCCAGAUCACGGUUCAACCAGAAACGCAGUCCGCGAUAAAAGGCUCCAACGUGAGUUUCACCUGCUCAGCUGCCAGCAGCAGUGACUCCCCGAUGACGUUUGCAUGGAAAAAAGACAAUGAGCUGCUGCAGGAUGCUGAAAUGGAGAACUAUGCACACCUCCGGGCCCAGGGAGGCGAGGUGAUGGAGUACACCACCAUCCUGAGGCUGCGCGGUGUGGAAUUCGCCAGCGAAGGGAGAUACCAAUGCGUCAUCUCCAACCACUUCGGGUCGUCGUACUCCGUCAAAGCCAAGCUCACCAUAAACAUGUUACCUUCCUUCACCAAGACCCCCAUGGACCUCACCAUCCGUGCCGGGGCCAUGGCCCGCCUGGAGUGUGCCGCCGGGGGACACCCGGCCCCACAGAUAGCCUGGCAGAAGGAUGGAGGCACGGAUUUCCCAGCUGCCCGGGAGAGACGCAUGCACGUGAUGCCGGAGGACGACGUCUUCUUCAUAGUGGACGUGAAGAUUGAGGACAUCGGGGUGUACAGCUGCACGGCUCAGAACAGUGCGGGGAGCGUUUCGGCAAACGCGACCCUGACCGUGCUAGAGACACCAUCAUUUCUGCGGCCUCUGUUAGACAGAACUGUCACCAAGGGAGAAACGGCGGUCCUGCAGUGCAUCGCUGGUGGGAGCCCACCCCCCAGGCUGAACUGGACAAAAGAUGACAGCCCAUUGGUGGUGACCGAGAGGCACUUUUUUGCAGCGGGCAACCAGCUGCUGAUUAUCGUGGACUCGGACGUCAGCGAUGCGGGAAAGUACACGUGUGAAAUGUCCAAUACCCUGGGCACCGAGAGAGGCCACAUGCGCCUCAGCGUGAUUCCUUCUCCGACCUGCGACUCCCCUCACAUGACCGCCCCAUCCUUAGACGAUGACGGAUGGGCCACCGUGGGCGUCGUGAUCAUAGCCGUGGUUUGCUGUGUGGUAGGCACAUCCCUCGUGUGGGUGGUCAUCAUCUACCACACACGGCGUAGGAAUGAGGACUGCAGUAUUACCAACACAGAUGAGACCAAUUUGCCGGCCGAUAUCCCUAGUUAUCUGUCGUCUCAGGGGACAUUAGCUGACAGACAGGAUGGGUACAUCUCCUCAGAGAGCGGAAGUCACCACCAGUUCAUUACGUCUUCAGGAGGUGGAUUUUUCCUGCCACAACAUGACGGUGCUGGGACAUGCCAUAUUGACAACAGCAGUGAGGCCGAUGUGGAAGCUGCCCCUGAUCCGUUCCUCUGCCCCUUUGUGGGCUCCGCGGGCCCUGUGUACUUGAAGGGGAGUGUCUAUGGCCCAGAUCCAUUUGAAGUUUAUCUUCCAGGUUGCAGUUCUGACCCCAGGAUAGCCUUGAUGGACCACUGUGAGCCCAGCUACAUGAAGAAGGACUGCUUCCCGUGCGCUCAUCCCUCAGAGGAGCCCUGUGAUCGGAGCCUCAAUAGCAUCCCGUGGCCACACUCAAGAAAGCUCAUGAACUCCAUGUACUCUCAGAAUGAGGGACCUGCCGUUCAGACCCUGUGUUUAAACAAGUCCUCUUUGGAUUUUAGUGCAAGUCAGGAACCGGGAUCAGUUACUUCAAGUAACUCUUUCAUGGGUACCUUUGGAAAACCUCUGAGGAGACCUCACCUGGAUGCGUUUUCGAGCUUUGCGAAGCCACCGGACGGUCAGCCAAGGCCCUUUCAUGUGAAAGCGAUUUCCUCUCCCGAGCUGGACUCUGAGUCAGAGGAGGAUGAGAAAGACAGGACAGAUUUUCGGGAGGAGAAUCACAGGUGUACUUAUCCACAGAUAUUAGACACUUACAGGACUCCAGACUGCCAGCCUUAUGACUCGGGCACAUAGACUGGACGGGAACAGGAAAAUCGACACACUACCUCAUCUGGGCUUCUAUUGAAGAGACACAGAAUCGAAUCCUAUGUUUUUAAAUGGACUUACAAAGUUUAAAAAAGGAAAAAAAAAAAGCUUUAUUUAUACAGAUGAACCAAAAUUACAAAAAGUUAUAAAAAUUUUAUACUGGGAAUAACUUUCAUAUAAAAAUGCAUUUUUAAAAAGUAUUUUAUAACUUCGUUUUAUAUGAAAAAUAUCUUAUGUAAAUUAAUGGCAUAAGUCCAUGACUAUUUUAUGUAUUUUUAUAAAGCCAGAUUUCUUUUUAUUGAGAAUGAGUACUAAAGCCUUUUAAAUAAUCCUGCCUUACCCCUCCCCCCCUUUUUUUUUUGGAUAGAGGCCACUUCAUUCUCUUUUGCACAUUACAUUUAAUAAAAUGUGUCAUUUGGUGCCAAGCCCCAUUUAUACAAUAA